AUGCGUUGGACACCAGACAACGAACUCACCCUUUUGAGAACCAUCUUCGACACCCAGAAUCUCCACAUCGACAUCGACAAGAUCGCAGAAUUUUGGCCCGGCGAAGAAAAACCUACCCCCAAGGCUCUCGAGCAGCAGCUCUAUAAAUACCGUAAGAAUCCAAAAUGCGAGAACACGGUCACGUUUUCCAAGGGGAGGCGGAGCGGGGAGUCGAAUGAUGGUACUCCGCGUAAGAAACGUGCAACCAGAAAGACUUUGCAGAAGGAUGUUGUGAAGGAGGAGGGUACGGCGGAUGCAUAG